CAGCCCCGGUAUCUGCGGCCCCAGCUUGACCCUCCCGUGCCAGGGCUCCUCCCUGACGUAACACGUUGCUUUCUCUUGCAGUCCUCACGUGUGUCACCCCAACCGCCCAACCAUGUACGCCUGCACCAAGCUCAUCGCUCUGCCUGUCCUGGUGAGGACUGGCCCCAGGCUGCUGUACAGACCCCUCUCCGCCUCCCUGCUGAGCAGGCCUGAGGCCCCAACACAGGAGCUCUGCCCAGUGCCUCUGAGCUCCCCACUCCUCCAGGCUGCGCACCGGGAGCUGCACGCUAGCGCUGUCUGCAGGGACAUCGACACGGCUGCCAAGUUCAUCGGCGCUGGUGCCGCCACCGUGGGCGUAGCCGGCUCUGGUGCUGGCAUUGGCACCGUCUUCGGCAGCCUCAUUAUCGGCUACGCCAGGAACCCAUCGCUGAAGCAGCAGCUCUUCUCUUACGCCAUCCUGGGCUUCGCGCUCUCUGAGGCCAUGGGGCUCUUCUGUCUCAUGGUGGCCUUCCUCAUCCUCUUCGCCAUGUGAUGAGCCAGCACCGCAUGGCCUGGGAACAUCCCCCUGCGGGCCCCACCCCUCAGCACAGCUGUCCGCUGGUGAGGGGGAAUAAAUACUGUACGGAAACCA